AUGUCGCGAGAGCCGACCUUGAGAGCCAAAGUGUUUGUGGGAGGACUGAAGGACCUCGGCACUGAGAAGGAACUGAAGCAGAUCUUCGAGAAGUUCGGAGAGGUCAAAGGCAUCUGGAUGGCCAGAAAUCCACCCGGGUUUGCAUUCGUGGACUACUUUGACGAGAGAGACGCAAAAGACGCCUGUGAAGAAUUAGAUGGAUCCAAGUUGUUCGGUCUCCGAGUGUCAGUUGAAAUGGCCAAAGGUCAUGGUCACUCCAAACAAGGUGGUGGGGGCACCAGAGGUUACAUGGGAGGGGGAGGUGGUGGGGGCAGAUACGGAGGCACGAUGGGCAGAGAGGGCUAUGGACGAGGCGGAAUGGGAAUGGAAAUGGGAGUGGGAGGGGGAGGGGGAGGAUCUAGAAGGAGAGACUAUGAUUACAAUGAUGACAGUUUGUACAGAGAUAGGAGUCCUGUGAGGUCUUCGAGAAGGUCACCGGACUACAGUCAAGGAAGUAGCAGAAGUUGCCUUUCAGAUUUUGAUAUGCCUCCUUCUUCUGUGUCUGACGGAAACGCAGAAAAGUCUCCUGAGGUGGAAAAUCUAAAAACGGACAUCUCAGAAAGAGCCGAGAAGUUAGUCUACAAACGGUUUCCAGAAAACAUCACCAAGUUAAGAGAACUCAUCAAAAGUGACCUUUGGAAAUUGACGGACUACUCAAAGAUCUACAGUGAAUUGCCAGAACCAUCUCAGUUAGCUUCUACCUCGACAAAACAACAAAAUGGAAGUCAUGUUGGAAAUCAGGGAGAUAUUGCCAAUGGUCCGAGUGCUAAACGACCUCGAACUAGCGACGAUGUUCAGACACCGGUCUCUAUCACAAACAAUCGUCACGUAGUCAAAGUGAGUGAGGAGCUGAAACCAAUUCUUCGGGAGUUCAUAGACAACUGCAGCGUGAUCAAAGUGUGGAUCUCUCUUCUAGUGCCCAAGAUGGAGGACGGAAACAACUUCGGGGUAUCCAUACAAGCAGAGGUAGUAAAAGAGGUCACCUACUAUGAGGAUGAUGCGGCCAAGUACUACGAAGAUGUUAUAGAACACUUUGCCAACAGAGCCAAACUCUGCUCCAAAGUCAUCAAAUAUCCUCAGAUUGAAGAUUACCGAACAGCAGUUAAGGAGUGUGACGAGCGACAGUUCAACUAUUUGACCAAAUACGUCACAGCACAACUCCUUCACUCACAUGUGAGUAGACUGUCAGUCACUUCAGUUCAGCUGAAACUUCCAUUCAUCCCGCCAUUCAUCCACCUAUUCGCUCAUCUGGCCAACAUCCAAUGA